UUCCAAAGGUCAGAGUAUGUCUGCAGGUUUAAUUUGUUAAACACACAAUUCAGGAUUUAGUUUGUCACUUUGUUUUUGCUGGAUAUUCAGCUUUGCAGGCGAUUUUCUUUUUCAUUUGUCAGCGACAAAAUCUGAGGGUCAUCAGACACUGAAAUGUCAUCUACAAUUAAACAAGCAGUUUCAGAGCUCUCUAUUCCAGUCCCAUGGGGAGAGAUCAGAGGGAAAGUCUGGGGUCCUGAUCACGGCCAUCCCGUGCUGUGCCUACAUGGCUGGGCUGACAACUGUGGCACAUUCAACACCCUCAUUCCCCUUCUGCCCAAAGAGUGCAGAUAUGUAGCGGUGGACCUGGCCGGUCACGGUUUGUCUUCCCAUCGUCCUGCUGGAGUUCCCUAUACUUUUCCUGCAAACGUGGCAGAUGUACGCAGAGUCAUUGACGGUCUCCAUUGGACAAGAUUCUCCAUCAUAGGCCACAGUAUGGGUGGCAAUAUCGCUGGAAUGUUCACUGCGCUGUAUCCUGAGAUGGUGGAUGCCGUCGUACUGCUGGACUGCUUUGGAUUCGUGCCUUUAGAUCCUAAUAUUUUUUCCAAAGUGAUUAGGCAGGGGAUGGAUGACGUGCUUCAGUUUGAAAAAAAGACAGAAGAGAAGAAAAGAGUUUACACUUAUGAGAAGGCAGUUGAGAGGUUGUUGGCUGCAAACCCGACUUUGUCCGAACAGUCAGUGCACAUGCUUUUAGAGCGAGGUCUAGUUCAAGUUGACCAAGCAGGAUUUGUUUUCUCCAGAGACCUGCGAGUACAUUUUAAAAACAUAGUGCCCAUCAGUUUGGAGCAGAGUCUGGAGAUGCAGUCGAGGAUUCAAGCCUCUGUUCUAGUUGUUCUAGGAGACAAAGGCUUUGGUGCAGCACCAGAACCAAACCAUCUGAAACUUCUCCAAGGAUAUCGUGAGAGAAAUCACACGGUGGUGACGGUAUCAGGCGAUCAUCACGUCCAUCUGAAUGAUCCCAAAGUCGUCGCUCCAUUUGUUUGUGACUUCCUGCAGCCCAAAGUGCUCUCACAGCAGCUGCCGGCAUAGUGGACACACACACACACACACACACACACACACACACACACACACACACACACACACACACACACACACACACACACACACACACACACACACACACACACACAUUUUUUAUGUGAAAUGUUACACUUUAAGCUCAGUACGCGGUUCUCCUCUCUCUCAGUCAUUAACAUAGUAUUGCUUGCACAUUUUUUCCCUUCCGAUACCAUUUGAACAAAACUCCAUUAUAAAGUUUCUUCAGGGACUUUGAAUAAUCAUAUCUAAAUGUGUACACCUCCACUGAAUCAAUUAUUGAUGAAAUUGCUACUGAUUAACUAAAAAUACUAAACAUUUGCAAACUUAACACAUACAAACAGAAGUACAAUUUAUCUGUAGUUGACAAGA